AUCUCGACCGACAGCUAAGAUUGAACAAACAAAAACAAAAAAUUCAAACCCUACAUAGACCAACUCGAUCAUAUAGAAAGGCCAAGAACUAUAAAAAGAAGAAUACCAAAGAAGCCAAACAGCCAGCGGCGGCACCGUCAAAAUGCCGUCCUUCAACAAACUCGGUCAGAAGCCGACGCACAAAGAGCGCGCCCAGCCGCUCGAGAGGAAACACUUGGGACUUCUUGAAAAGCACAAGGACUACUCCCUACGAGCCAAGGACUUCAAUAAGAAAAAGGCCUACCUCAAGACCUUGCGCCAAAAGGCUGCCGAGCGCAACGAGGAUGAGUUCUACCACAAGAUGCUCUCCCGGACCGGGCCCGGUUCCGCUUUGACCAAGGGCGCUAAGGGGCGUAACUUCACCGGCACCGUCUCGGGUGACAGGGGCAACACGAGCAUGGACGUAGAUGUCGUCCGGAUCCUCAAAACCCAGGAUAUUGCCUACGUCAGGACGCUGCGAAACACCUUGGCAAAGGACGUGCGGCGGUGUGAGGAGAGGCUGGCCAUCGCCGAGAGCUUUGCGGGUGUCCCGCACGAGGAAGUCGGUGGUGACGAGGGCGGAAGCGGCAGCGACGACGACGAGAGGCCGACCAAGAGGAGAAAGGCCAGCAAGAUCAAGUUCUUUGACGACGAGGCAGACAGGGACCGCGCCGCCGAAGAGGCCGCUCCCGAGAACGCCGACGAGGACGACUUUGAGGAUUUCGGGGACGAGGACGGUGAAGAUGGCAGGCAGAUGACCGAAGACGAGAAGAAGGCCCUGAAACUAGAAAGGCUGCGGAGGAACCUACGCAACGCCAGGCGCAAGCUCAAGGCUCUGGCUGAUGCCGAGGCGGAGCUGGAUUUGCAACGUGUGCGGAUGGCGAAAACUGCGACGAGAGGGGCUGUCACAAAGUCCGGGAAGAAGAUCAAGAAGGUUUUUGAGCGGAAGAGGUAGUUGUUGCAUAUGGUGGGUGACCAGUUGCCUCCCUAGCCUUCUUUAGUACCUCCCUUGUUUAUGGUGCGCGUCUGCAAGAGCGAUUCGGCUAUAUCAUUGUGAACUGGGAAGCAAAUCUGUAUUACUGAUAAACAUCAAAGCCAAAAAAAAACGCCGACGAGGUUAUGCCCUGUCUUUGUCUAGUUCACUGUGCAGAAUGUUCGUUCAUAUACAAGGUAAUUUUAAUGGCGGACGUCAUACGAUCGACACCCAAGAGGAGAAAGAGGAAACGAAACACAAGCCAGAAAAGAAAGAAAAAUGCACCCGCAAAUCAUCAUGAAAGUCCCAAUUUCCAGCAUAAUGGUAUAGCCAAUUAAUCCCUAAAACACCUAAACAUCAAAGCCCACACCUUUCUCCCACCGUCGUAAUAAACGCCUUUUUUUAGAGCUUCUCCGACGUCAGACAUCUAGCCGACACGGAUAUACAGCCAGUCAAGGCCUUGAAAAUGGCCGUCAGCACCCAGAUGAAGCACUUGAAAGUCACCGUGAUGAGUUUGAUGACCAGCCUCGCCAGACUAGGCAGCUUCUUGUCUUUAUCCUUGACGACAUCCAACUUGGCCAAGUCGCUCGUCUGGCUCUCGAUAUCCAGCUCGAACUGAUCCAGCUUCGUCCUGGGCGUGCUGCUACUGCUGCUGCCGCUCUUUUUGGCGGUGGCGCGGGAGCUCUUCCUGUCCCGCCUCUUGUUCUUCUUGGCGCCGCUGCCGCCCUCCCCAGAGCCGGAACCACAGCUGGGCGGCGGCGCGGCAAAGAUCAUGUGCACGGGCGGGGCCUCAAAGACCUCGCUGCGGGUGAACAGGGUGUCUCCGUGGGCGACGAGCAUCAGGGCGGCGACGGCGACCUCGACGAUGUAGACGCUGUCGAUCUUGGCGGCGAUGCCCGUGUCGAGCUCGAGCCAGCCGUUGCCGGUGCCGUCGCGCGUGAGCCGCGCAAUGUGCUGCGGGCUCUCGAGGUGCUCGAGCGUGUACUCGGUGCGGCUCCACGCCGUGUUGCGGUCGAUGGUGACGCAGAAGGGCAUGGCCAGCGCCGGGUGCACCAGGUAGUGGUUGCCCGUGUCGUCGUCCCACACCAGCCGCGCGCACUCGCGCUCCGCCGUCAUGAUGGUCGCCACGUCGUCGGGUCGCUCCAGCGCCACCCGCGCCGCCGCCUGCGGGUACAGGAGCGCCACCAGCCCGUCGUUUGGCGCGUGCCGCCGAGACGUCUCCUCGAGGGUCGUCGUCAGCGCCGACUGCCAGUGUUUGCCGUCCUUGCCUGUGCCGACCACGGAUGCCGGAGGCAUGGAUCCGCCGGGGCUUCCGGGGUCGGAUGCAGUUGAUGUCGGCUCGGCUGGUGCUUUGUAUACUUUGCUUGGGUCGUGGCGGGACAGUGUGACGUAAGCGGAUGCGGAUGUCGGGUCGACGCGGAGGUUGUAGAAGGGUUGUGUUGUCGACGAGAGGGUGUAUAUGGGCGUGUCCCUCUCGGCUGUCAUCUUGAGGCAGAAUAGACGGCCUUCAGACGCGGUGGCCUUCCAGCCGCUCACUACUUUCCACAGCGACCGUAGCUCCUCGGUCGAGCUGACAUGGGGUGUGGUUGGCGGCUCUGCAGGCCGUGGCGGCCACCUGGCCACGGGGGUAGGUAUUGGUGGCGGAGAUGAUGCCGGUACUGCUGUUGGGGCGGGCUGCUGUGGCAUUUGCAUAUCUGAUUGUAGGGGGCGGUGGAACUGUUGCGCAUGUAGUUGGGGAGAGGGAGAAGGGAGUUGUGCAUGUUGCGGCUGUUGUGUGUGAUGUAUUAUUUCAGGCUCCGGUGAGUACAAAGGCCUGCUAAUGACGGCCAUAGGUAUAUGCGUCGGGCUUGCUUGAGUCGGAAAGUAUUCCUGCCUAUCUGGAGGCAGAUCGUGAUUAUAAGUUGGGAAUAUCGACCUCAGCGCUUGAGGCUCACCUCCCAAAGACGACGGGCCUUGGGCACCAUUUUUGUGGCCUGCCGAGGUGCAAGACCUGUUACUGUUGCUCCGCACCAGUGUCUGCGCUUCUGAGAAGGCAGUGUCACAUCUCGGCGGCGCCUCAACGACGGCGGCCGGACGUUGGACCUGUGCGGCGGCGGCGGAACUGCCAAUCCACGGAUCCUCUGCUCGGCCUGGGUGCGUUGAAGAAGCGCCCACUUGGCUGAUGCCGGCACCUUGGCUCUGAGGCUGCCUGCCUUGCCUGGUAGAUGGUUUGCGCUCCGGAGUGCGAUGCUGCCUGGGCGGCGAGGACUCGGGCCAAAGAUCGCGGGGAGGGGCAGAGCUCUGAGGGGUGGUGGCCCUCGCACCACCGUUGCUUGGUGUCGCCGUUCUGGGUCGCGGGCUUGCGUGCCUGUAGUUUGGGUUUGGGAACAGGGAGAACCCUCCAGAACUCGGCUGGCUUGCCAUGGCUUGGAACCUUUUUGCAGUUGCCAAACAAGGCGCUAUUGCCCUGGCGCGUUAAUUUUCGGAUGCUUCGAUCAGUACUAUCCAAAUCCUGUUGCUGUCUUGUUGUCUUGUGGUGUUCAUGCGCUCCUGUCCUGUACCAAAAAAUCGCCAGCAGGCCUUGCUUGACCAUGUGUAACCAGGCGAUUUCCGGUUCGAGCCCCGAAUUCCAGCCGAGGCGGCGUUGGGAUGUUGAUUCUUCCCGUAUAGGUUCUUGCUUGUGCUAUCGUAACAUGAUGUUUUUGUUUAUCACGUCCUCUGGAGUCCCGGGUCUCUCGUGAGAUACCAAUGUCGUACAAAGGUCAAGUGUCAGCAGUAAUAUCCGGACUACCAGAUUAUUUAAAAGUUG